UGAUGGUAUGGUUCUAUCAUGUGUGGAUUUGUGCGAUUACUUGAACCCUCUGUGCUCCGUGUGGCCCUUUAGCUCAAUCAGGUUGUGGCUGACCGCUGCCACCAUCCGAUCCCCCGGAUUCCAUCCACUAACCCACCCGUGGUUGGAUCCUUUACAGUGUGGCCUGUUGCCCUGAGGGAAUUGUCCCUUCCGUCCGUCCAACCAACUAACAUCCAUCCAUCCAUCCAUCCAUCUAUCCAUCCUCAGAUUCAUUGGCCCUUUCAUGCGUCCGUCCGCUUUUUGUUUGAUUCCGUGGAGCAUCGGACCAAUUGGACCAAGAGACAGAUCGAGUGCCACGGACGGGCCAACUUCUUUUUCUCAUUCUCGAUCGAUCUCGUGAAGCGGAUGACACCGAUUGACUUGGAUUUGGGAGGUUUGACGGUGGUUGAACCAGCAGCCUGCUUCCCACGGAGGAUCUGAGGAAGGAUAGUUCGAUGGUUCCACAGUUUGAUAGAUGGCACCCAUGACCAACUAAGACCAUACAAGCAGUGUUGACGGUAUACCGUUUCGCCCAGAAACUUGGAAGGCGCGGGAACUGGAGUGGAAGGAGAGGACCCUUCUUCUUUUACCCUGGAGUCAGUCAGUCAGUCAGUCACUUACUUACUUACUUACUUACUUACUUCCUCACUGUGUUGUUUCUGUCUUCUGUGUCUGUCUCCUUCUUGGACCAGAGGACUCCUCCGUCCCUGUGGGUCGAUCUCUAUUCAUCCUGUUCCAUCCCUCGGGCUCGGUAAGGGGUCCCGUGUCCCGACUGUACACCAACACUGCUCACUCAGAGGAAGCCACACACACACACACACUCGCGCACACACACUCGCGCACCCAAGGACUCAGCCAGCCAGGAAGCCGGGAAGCCAGGAAGCCAGGAAGCCAGGAAGGGACCGAGGGAGCCAAGGACCCAAGGACCCAAGGACCAAAGGACCAAAGGAGCGAAGGAGCGAGCGUGAAACAAGGCUAGAAGAUACUCGGAACUAAAAAGAAAGAGCGAGAUAGGAUUCGCCCCGUGAAUGGCUCAUAAUUUGCACGCGCGCCAACGGCCUCUUCCAUUGGCCUUUCAUCUUGGCCUUCAAGGGGCCCAUCGAGAUCCAUAAUUGACCGAGCGAGUGGACGGGAUCAUCACGGAGGCCAGGCCCACUUUGGACAAAAGUGUCACAUCUUGGGUGUGUCAGAGCUGGCGUGUGCGGAAUUCCCUUGAGCUCAUGUAACUAGGUGUCUCUCUCUAUCUUUGGCCCAUCUGCCACCCACCAAGCCAGCCUCUCAAUCAUCGGAUGGGCAUGUCGGACCGACCUCGGCGGUGUUGGACUUCACGAGCUGCCUCUCUUGUCAUGUCAUGAACAGACUAUUGCGACGGACGAUGGCGUGGCUCGCGAUUCUCUUGGGAGUGGGGCUGGGUUUAGAUCACUCUCAGGCGGAUGCUUGGGACCUGAGUGCGUCGGACCUCCGGUAUCAUAACUACACCGCUUUGAAGGCCCAGUUUGAGGCUUUGGUGGACGAUUUCCCGGGCCUGGCCUCGCUAGAAAGCGUGGGACAAAGCGUGGAAGGUCGGGAAUUGUUCGUGCUCCACAUUGGCCACCGUCUGAAAGCGGCACGUCGUCGACGCUGGACAAGCAGCUGGACAACCAGCUCGAGGCGGCGAAGUAGUGGACGCAGUUCUCGGCCCUUGGGCCAUCCCAUGUUCAAAUGGGUCGGUAAUAUGCACGGCAACGAGGCCGUGGGACGAGCCAACAUAGUGUUCAUGGCCGAAUUCUUAUUGCGCAAUUACGGCCACGAUGACCGGAUCACGCGCAUUGUCAACUCCACCGACUUGUGGCUGAUGCCCUCUAUGAAUCCGGAUGGUUUCGAACGAGCCCGUGAGGGCGAAUGUGACCUGAGUGGUCGAGGAGGCCGGGGCCGAACCAACGCCCAUAAGCAGGACUUGAAUCGGAACUUUCCAGAUCAAUUCCACGAUGGGACCGAUCGAGAAUCGUUGCUGAGAGAUCGUGAACCGGAAACCUUGGCCAUCAUGAACUGGGUUGUCAUGGAGCCCUUCGUCCUUUCCGCCAAUCUUCACGGCGGCUCCGUGGUGGCCAGUUACCCGUUCGACGACUCUUUGGCCGGGUUUGGAUAUUCUGCGGCCCCGGAUGAUAAGGUGUUUCGAGCAUUGGCCAAAACUUACGCCAGUCAUCAUGACACCAUGAAAACUGGCCGUGUUUGUGACGAUGACACGUUCGAAAGCGGCAUCACUAAUGGCGCCCAAUGGUAUGACGUGCCGGGCGGAAUGGAGGACUUUAAUUAUGUUCAUUCCAAUUGUUUUGAAAUCACCGUGGAAUUGUCCUGCUGCAAGUAUCCACCCGCGUCUCAAUUGGCUCAUGAGUGGAACCUCAAUAAGGAAGCCAUGCUCAGCUACAUGGAGGCCGUUCAUUGGGGCUUUCAUGGCCUCGUUCUCACCGAGGACUCGGACAAUGAGCAACCGCUUUACAAAGCCGUGAUUGAAGUGAAAGGGAUCGCCCAUAACUUGACCACAACGAUUCGCGGCGAAUUCUGGAGACUUUUGGCGCCGGGCGAGUACGAAUAUCGCGUGCACGCGUACGGCUUCCAAAGCACCGAAUUUGCACCCAUCUCCAUUCCCGAGGGAGGCUUAAAAGACAUGAUGAGAAUUCGACUGAAACGAGAAGAGACCGAAUCAAGUGAUAGCAGUGCGACGACAGAAACGAGCGCUCAAGUGGUCGAGCAAGUCGCUGCUCCAACUCUACGAUCUGACGGGUUUCUCCGUCCGCCCGAAUUCAAGUAUCAUCACUACGACGAUCUCAAAGCCUUUUUGUCCUUUUACGCCCAUCAUUACUCGAACAUUUCUCGACUCUAUUCCAUUGGCCAGUCAGUCGAAGGUCGUGAGCUUUGGGUGAUUGAGAUCUCGGAUCUUCCGGGGCAGCACGAGAGGCUCGAGCCGGAGUUCAAAUAUGUAGGCAAUAUGCAUGGGAACGAGGCCGUGGGACGAGAAAUGCUGCUCAAUCUGGUUCAAUACCUGCUCGAAGGUUACGGGCGAAAUAAACGAAUCACCCACCUGAUUGACUCGACUCGGAUUCAUAUCCUACCCUCCAUGAAUCCCGAUGGCUUUGAAACCGGGAGAGAGAAUGACCGCGACGGCUUCGUGGGUCGGGCCAAUGCCCGAAGAGUCGACCUGAAUCGGGACUUCCCGGACCAGUUCAAAUCCAGUGCUCCCGGCAAGGUGUUCCAACCCGAGACUCGAGCCGUCAUGGAUUGGUCUCGAGGCACACCCUUUGUACUGUCUGCUAACCUGCAUGGCGGCUCCCUCGUGGCCAACUACCCGUUUGAUAGCAAUCCGAAUGGGCUGAGAAUCAACACGCCCAGUCCGGACAAUGAGUUGUUCAAGGAGCUGGCAUUGGCUUACUCGCAAGCCCACACCACAAUGCACUUGAAACGCAGCUGUCCCUACUCCAACGAGGUGUUCCCCAAAGGCAUCACCAACGGCGCCCAUUGGUAUGUCCUGAAUGGGGGCAUGCAGGACUGGAAUUACCUGCAUACCAACGAUUUCGAAAUCACCCUCGAGAUCUCGUGUUUCAAGUAUCCACCCGCCUCAACUCUGAAGGAUUUUUGGCGACAAAACCAAGAAGCCCUAGUGACCUAUAUGGAACGUGUACACAUGGGCAUCAAAGGUAUGGUUCUGGAUCCCUCCCACCAUCCCAUUCCCAACGCCACCAUAGAGGUUCACGAGGUACGCCACAAUGUGAAAGGCACAAGUGCGGGCGACUACUUCCGUCUGCUGCGUCCAGGUGAAUACACGGUGAGUGUGAGCGCUCCCGGUUUUGAAAGACGCACCCAAACGAUAUCCGUUCCGAGAGCGCUCAUGGAUCCACAAACAGGCGCUUUUUCGGCCAAAGUGCUGAAUUUCACGCUCACGCCAGACCAUAUUGAAGCCUGGUCGUUGGAGCAAGAUUUCGAAUUAAAAGCCAAUCUGAAGUCCACGUACAUGACCAACUCGGAGAUCGAAGCGACGGUGGCCAACUUCGAGAACGAGUAUCCGAACCUGGUGGAAGUGUUCAUGAAUGAGGCGUCUUGGAGCAAUGUCAUUUCAGCUCUGCUCCUCUCCGACAAGUCGACCGACGAUGACUCCGAGGACCGGAAGGCCAAUGUCGCCAUUUUUGGCGGUCUGUACGCCUCUCAACCUUUGGGUCGCGAAAUGGUCGUGCGUUUAGCUCGUCAUAUGGGCGAGGGCUUUAAGCGCGGAAAUCCCCAUAUCGUCGAUCUAUUCAAGAGGGUCAACCUUUACCUGAUUCCCAUGGUGGACAUAGAUGGCUUUAGCAUGAACUUGGAAGGCGAGUGUACGUAUGAUCGAGAGCGAAAAAUGGAAUUUGAGGCCGGAUCCAAGUUUUCCCGCAAAGGUUCCGUACCGUCGGAAGUGAAGGCCGUAAAGACGUUUCUGGACACGCAUCCCGUGGAUGUGGCCUUAUCCAUCGAAGGUGAGGGCAUGUUCAUGCGAAUGCCUUGGGACGAUAUGUCCCCGACGUCUGAUCGCCAUCCGGACAUUGAUCAGAGUCUCCAGUUCUUGGCCCAGGCCUUUUUCCGUGCACACCCUGUCAUGUCCAACACCACGACCCUUGAACCCAUCUGCUCGUUACCCAACUCCCCCACGGGGCUCAUUGCCGGUUCCCAGAUGGGCAAGUACAAAGGCACUCUCUUGGACUACGCUUACUCCAAGUUCGACGUGAGCAUCGUGAGUGCGCACAUCUCUUGUUGUGAUUUUCCUAGCGGACUGAUGCUCACCAAAAUUUGGCGUCAAAACUUAAAACCUCUCGAGGCUUUCAUUCAAGCUGCGGGCCAAGGCAUUUACGGCCAAAUCGUCGAUCUUCACGGCAACCCUUUGCCUGACACGCGUCUGAUUCUCAAUGAUGUACGACCCAUUCAUGUCCACCCCCAAAAUGGUCGGUUUCAGGUCGUCCUGCCAGCGGGAAAGUAUUCGCUGUCGUUAUCGCUGGCUAGUUUUGAAAACAAAACCGUUCAGGUUCAAGUUCAGAUGGGCAGUCGAGUUCGGAAAAACAUUGUCAUGGAUUCGUUGUUGGACGAAGGCAUGGUAUUUUAUCCCACCACGGCCAUAUCUCAGCACCUUGUCGAGCUUUCUCAAAAGUACAGUGACCUCAUGCGGGUGUAUCCCUUGGGACGGUCCGUUGACAAUCGUCCCAUCGAGGCCAUUGAAAUCUCCCGAAAUCUGAAGCGAAGCCACCUGAAGGGCGGGAUCAAGAUCGUGACGGGGUUACAUGGGCAAAAAGAUGUCAUGGCCAUCGAACUGGCCAUGGCUUUAGCGAAUUUCCUCUUGACUCACCAUGAAAAAGACGACGAAGUUGCCAAGCUGGUCGACCGGUAUAGCAUUCACAUCAUUCCCAUGGUCAAUGUGGAUCGAGUCACAAGUGACUCCUUGGCUCCUCCAACCAAUCAGAAUUGUUCUUCAGCGCCUGAGAGUGGCUUCAAUGAACACGCUGUGGAUCUGGAAGAGGACUUUUUUAACCCAGGAGUCACCAAUCCCCAACCUGAGAGUCAAGCACUCAUGAAUCUCAUGAAUCAAAGGUCCUUCCUGCUUUCCCUCUUCUUCAAAGGCCAUUCAAGCGACAUCACCCUGCCCAAGGUGUCAAUUCCCAGGACGGCGAGGCUAGCUCAGGUCUUGGCCAAAACGUAUAUUGAUCAGCUCAGAUCUGAUUACAUCUCGCCGUGUUCCGCCCCCCCUAUGGGGACCAGUGGCCCUCGUCGUCGUGGUCCCGCCCUAAGCAUCGCCACCAGUCCGUCGAAUAUGCUCAACUACAAUUGGGCCGAGAAAGGAAUCCUGGAACUGUCGAUUGGAGUCGGUCCCUGUUGUCGGAUCGAGCAAUCCGAGAGCGAAGUCUCAAGACUCUGGUUUCGUCAUCACCUCAGUCUGAUCAACCUCCUGUCUGCCAUCGAAGGCAUUCACGUACAGAUUGACAACUGGACGGCUUCGCAGACCGCCACGGUCCAAAUCAAGGAAACUCAGAGUGUGUUUCCCGUGUGGGACUACGGCCAAUGGUGGCACAUUCUUCCAGCUGGUCAGUAUACGGUGACCGUAAAAGUGUCUGGCCACAAUGACAUGAUCAAGGUGGUCACGGUCAUCCCGGAGUCCAUUACGGAUGUGGUAUUCGCCUUACCAGCUGGCCAAGAUCACAUGCCCGGUCUCUUGAUCUUCACCUUGGUCACACUGAUGUGCUUUGGCGCGCUGGGCUUGAUCUACUAUUGCCGCUAUCGUCAGAGGAUGAGAAAAACCCGCCGCCAGAGCUACAACGGGUUUUCUUUAUUGGCCAGAGAUGAGCGGAACCUCUUUCUUGAUGACGAUGGGGAUGACGACGAGGAUGACGACGAGAUUGAGUUCCUCAGCGACAACGCGAAGCCCUACAACGACGUGAGAAAACCAAAGAACGGCAAGGUGUAUCAAGAUUUGCCCACAUCCAGCAGCGAGGACGACGAAGCACUCUUGAGUGCCCGCUAUACCAAAAACAACGGCACCAAUGGGACAAUGGUUCGUUGACAGACACGGUCUGUCUCUCUUUGAAUUCCGUGAAGAACCGUCGCACCUGAUUUGAUUUCCCUGAUAACUAACUACCAUGGUACUCGCCGACAACCUGCUUAAUCUUCAUGUUUUUAAAAGGAUCAACUGAACUGUGAUAGCUGAAUCAUCUGUUUCCCCUCACCCCUUCCCCUCUGCCUUCCCAUCGGACCUCGGAUGUCUAGUACUCGUAAAUAUACCUUGAUCCCGCACGGAUCAGUGUUCAAAAGAAUGAGAGCCCUCCCUGACUCGUCUUUUCUUUCUCCAGUCAAUCCGUGGACGGCCCCGUCCGUCUGAUUUCUGUUGACAUUUUCUAUUGCUACAUCAUCUCUCUCCAAGAUCAACAUCAUCAUCAUCAUCAUCAUUCUCCUUCUUCUUCAACAACCACAUCCCCGAGUUCCCAAUAUUAUUAGCGUCCCAAAGUUUACAUCGUUUUCACAUCAGACCAGAAAUCUCGUUAACGCCUUGUUAUUGCCUUGUUGGCUGUUUUGAAGUGCUACACUUACGAAACACAAAAUAGAAAAGAAACACUGAAAAAUCUAAAA